AUGACCUCACAAUCAGAAUUAGGCAAAGAAUCUUAUACUACUAAUGUGUCCGGAAGCAGUAAUAAUAGUUCACCUCAACCUGAGACGAGAUUCUUCUCUAAAAGAGCCAGAGAAAUACAACUAGAAGAAGGCAUUACUUCAUAUCGUUCUGGUGCUCUUCCACCACCUUCGCACUCUACUAAUGGGGCAUUUAAUAAUGGAACUCUUCUUUCAGACUCUACUUCAAAUUCCUCACAUGAUUAUUUAAAUCUAAAGUCUGUCGGAACAAAAGGUUCACCUACUCCAAAUGGUAGUAACUCUGAUCAUUUAUCUUCAUAUCCCUCAUCUUUCCGUCGUACUCGUGCAGAUACAUUACCAUCUUCGUUGACACGACCAACUAGUAUUAUUGGUCACCACCCUACUUCCUCCUUAUCUAUGGCGUCUUCCAUUGGAUCCUCAUCUGCUUCACCUCUCCUUACACCCCCGAAAUCAAAUUCUCGUCUCCGUUCUGGAUCCCUUACAUUACCGUCUUCAUCCCUUUCUGCUGCCUUUGGUCCAUCCAUUUUUACCUCUGGUUGGUCUGAUCAUCGGAAUGAACAGAAUGGUCCAUCUACUCCGCCUAUGCAAACUCCUACCACAGGUGAUUUACUUAGAGGUGAUGAAAAUAAUACUGUUGGUAAAACCUUAGAUUAUUUGGGUUUAGAUGAUCAUGAACAUAGUGGUGUUUCAAAACGCUCUUCGAACGGUAGCCUACCUCAAAUUAAAGUAGAAAUGAAGACUUCAACUGGUGGAUCGUUAUCAACUCUACCUGCCCUUCGUAGAGAUGCUAAUAGAAUUCGUUCAUAUUCCGUAUCGGCUACAGCGAAAUAUGAUGAUCCACCACCUCCUACCACAGUCUCUACAAAUAAUCUUUUUCCACCUGGCGCAUCCGUUGUUCAACAAUUCCAUCAAACGCAUUCUAGACCUCGUGCCAUCAGUUUAGGUAUUUUAGAUUUACCCAAUGAUAUUAUGUUGUUAAGACAAGGAAGGAAUGGUCAAAUGUAUAGUGAUUUGACUGACUCCGCACAAGGAUCUACAAAUUCAUCUAGAUCUCUUGGUGGUGAACAAUUGUUAGGAAUGAUGCUUGUAGGUGCGAUGGAAGGUAAGAAGAAGCAAAAACAGCAAAUGCAUAUGGAUGAUGAUUAUUUGAUGGCAGAUCGCGAAGAUAUAGAGCAUGCACGUUCCGGAGUGUCAAGCCCUCGUGACACCCCCGAUCAUUCGCAACAAAGCACUCCACCACCUCAAAAUCCUACUCGAUCACUGUGGAUCGGUAAUAUUGAUCCAAAUCUUAGUACUCAAGACCUAAUGCAAUUAUUUUCACCAUAUGGUUCUAUCGAAAGUUUAAGACUUUUGCCAGACAAAGAAUGUGGAUUUGUUAAUUUCACUCGUGUAGAAGACGCCAUUCGGGCAAAGGAUGAUAUAAUGAAUAGAAUGGGAGGUCGUGUUGGAAAUUGCAUCGUUCGUGUCGGUUUCGGCAAGGCAGAUGCUCUGAACAAUCAUGAUCUUUCUCCGUCUUCACAAACUCAACUUCAACCUACUCGUGCUCUUUGGGUGGGAAACAUUCCAACAUCAACUACUCCUCAGACCUUGCAAAAUAUAUUUGCGCCUUUUGGUAAUAUCGAAUCUGCUAGAGUUUUGACUCAUAAAAGUUGCGGAUUUGUUAAUUUCGAAAAACUCGAUGAUGCUGUCAAAGCAAAAAAAGCUUUACAUGGUAAAGAAGUCCUUGGAAGUAUCGUUGGACCUGUCAGAAUUGGAUUCGCAAAGGUACAACCUAAACCCUCCCCAACGUCAACUCCUGAACCUGGAUCUCCAGCUAACCGUCAUGUUCGUAAUCUAUCAUCGUCAUCUUCCUCUUCCAAUAAUCAAAAUUCUGGUCAAUGGAAUGGACAAAUAGAAAACUAUCAUAAUAAUAUGAUGAGAAUGUUGAUAGCGAAUUCAAAUACUAACGGCGGUUUGACUGAAAGGCAAUUGAUGAUGCGUGAAUUGAGUGGUGGUUUAGAUGAUGAUAUAGGGGACGUAAGCGAAAAUAAAUCUACUUCGACAUAUUUCAACUCUAUUCCUCCAGUGAGUGAUCCUAAUCCCAACCGUAAACCUGAUGCUUCAAGAUUACGGGAAAUUCGAAAACGUCUCGAUAGCACUCAUUGUUCAGCAAAAGAAGUAGAGGCCAUUGCUUUAGAAGUUAUGGAUGAAUGUGUUGAAUUAUCAAGUGAUUACAUUGGCAACACUGUAGUUCAAAAAUUAUUUGAACGAUGUUCUGAAAAUACUAAGACCAAAAUGUUAGAAAAGAUUGCCCCACAUUUGGCAACCAUUGGUAUUCAUAAAAAUGGAACUUGGGCUGCACAAAAGAUUAUUGACUGUGCCAAAACCCCUGCUCAAAUGCAACUUAUUACAUCUAAUGUCAAACCGUAUACUCCCCCACUUCUUCUCGAUCAAUUUGGAAACUAUGUGGUUCAAUGCUGUUUACGCCUUAGCCCUCAAAGGAAUCAAUUCAUUUUUGACGCUAUGGUCGAUAAAUGUUGGGAAAUUGCGCAGGGUCGAUUUGGCGCACGUGCUAUGAGAGCUUGUUUAGAGAGUCAGCAUGUAACAAAGAAGCAACAAAAACAAGUAGCUAUCGCUAUUGUUAUGAACGCCGUCGCUUUAUCAACAAAUCCAAAUGGUGCAUUACUAUUAACAUGGAUGCUUGACACAUCUUCGUUCCCUGGUCGGUACCGUAUUCUUGCACCACGGCUUGCACCACAUUUGGCACAUUUGUGUACCCAUAAACUUGCAUCGUUGACAGCUCUUAAAAUUAUUAAUCAACGACAAGAACCAGAUGCACGUGAAUUAACGGUAGCGGCAUUGUUUUUCUCUGUAAAUGACCAAAUAUUAGAAGAGGUAUUAAGUGAUCAAGUACACGGAGUAGGUGUUGUUCAAAAAGUUUUAUCUAGUCCAUAUGUGGAUCCAACUGAAAAACAAAGAUUAGCAGAAAAGGUGAAAAUAGUUUUGGGCAAAUUAAAAGUUCAACAAGUUCAAGGAUACAAACGCUUGAUGGAAGAAUUAGGAAUGUUUGGGGAUCCAACUAUUGUUGGUGCUUCAAUGGGAAUUCCACCACAGGGUAUGUUUCCUGCUCCUUUACCACCAGAUUUUGCAGCAGCGGCAGCAUAUUACGCCGCAGCACAGGCUGCAUUUGCAAAUCAACAGAUUCAGCAAGCUGCUAGCAGUACGCCGACAUCAGAAACAUUAGCAGCAGUUGCAGGUAUGUAUGGUCAUCCAGCCAUGUUCAAUCCAGCAGCUUACCCAUAUAUUCUUGCUGCAAGUAAUACACUUCCACCUCCUAUGAUGAACUCGGCACCUCAUACACCACCAGCGAGUAAUGCUAUGCCAAAUAAUCAGAUGAUUAACUUUUUGCAACCACAACAUGAUGCGCAGGCGCACACAUCGCCACAAAUAACUAUAUCCGAAGAGCAAUCUCCUUCAUCAAUAGAUCAAGUUGAAGUCCAGAGUCUUUCACAAUAA